AAAAAAUCUAAAAAUAUAUAAUUUUGAAGAAAAGGAAGAAGAAAUGUGUGAGGAAGUGGUGUACUAAAAAAGUGUUCAAAAUGCAUCAAAUAUUUUCAAAAUUAAAACUGUCAAAGUUUCCUUUUUUUUUUUUUUUUUUGCUUUCUUGAUGUUGUGAAAAUUUUCUAUACAUUAUCUUUUUAGCGCCACCCAUUCUCAGCCGCCGCUCAACCGACGAGCCAUGGGUCGGAAGAGAGAUAAACCCUACCCUUCCUCCCACCUUCCUACCUCUGCCGCUAAGAGGCGACGCCCUCCGCCGUCUACGGUGGACGAUGAUUUGGAAAAGCCCGUGUCUAAACCUGCGCCACCGCUUGCCCUAGUCGUCGUUGACCUUCCUUCACAAUGUUCGGUCCUUGACUUGAAGUCCCGGUUUGAGAUCUACGGAUCCAUUUCCCGCAUCCGAAUCGACCGUGAUUGUGUUGGCUACAUCACUUAUCGCACUAAAGACUCCGCCGAUGCUGCCAUGACCGCUGCCCUUGAUCCCUCCUUCGCCUUCACUAUUGAUUCCAAAAAGGUUCAGGUACUAUGGGCGAAUGAUCCUCAAGUCCAAUGGCGACAAGGGAUUAACGUUGGUGUUAACAAGAAUAAGGAAUUAUCUUCAAAGCUCUUGCGGGCAGAGGUGCCACUAAGCAGACAUGGAAGAAGCAAUAAGCUUGCUUCAACCAUUGUCAACCCCAGAAGAAGCAACAGCUCUUCAAGGUCAGAUGUGCCUUUCAGGGGCAGAGAAGUUGUUGCUUAUGAUGAUAUUCUCUAAGUUCACAGAUUGCAUCUCACAGAUUGCGUCAGAUGUGCCUUUCAGGGGCAGAGAAGUUUUCUCCUUUUCAUUUAGUGUGGUGGUAUAGUGUAGUAUAGAUCGAGUUCUUAAGUGUACAAUUAAUUUAUGUCAGUUGUCUCAUAUUCCCUUAUUAAUUCUUCUUGAUUCAAACUUCUUUAUGAUCCUAAAUCCAAGUUUGUAUUAAUCUGAAACUCAAGCUUUUCAUCAAGGCUUAGUUGCUUACUUAA